AUGAAGGGCGGCGGCGAUAUCGAGGCGGGCACCGCGGCACCGAAGGGGACGACGGAGAGCCCCGAGCUGCGCUGGGCGCUCAUCCGGAAGAUCUACGUCGUCCUCUGCCUGCAGCUGCUCCUCACCGCCGCCGUCGCGGUCGUCUUCGUCAGGGUCCGCGCCAUACCCCACUUCUUCGUCUCCUCCUACGCCGGCCUCGGGCUCUACAUCUUCAUCCUCAUCUUCCCCUUCAUCGUGACGUUCCCGUUGCACUUCUACCGCCAGAAGCACCCAGUCAACCUGCUUCUGCUUGGCGUCUUCACAGUGGCCAUCAGCUUCUCUGUCGGCUUGACAUGUGCCUUCACUAGCGUCAGCAGCAUCCCGCGUUUCUUCGUCUCCUCCUACGCCGGCAUCGGGCUGUACGUCUUCAUCCUCGUCUUCCCCUUCGUCGUGCUGUGCCCGCUGCACAUCUACCGCCAGAAGCACCCAAUCAACUUGCUGCUUCUUGGCGUCUUCACAGUGGCCAUCAGCUUCUCUGUGGGCUUGACAUGUGCCUUUACCAGUGGCAAGGUCAUUUUGCAGGCUGGGAUUCUUACAAUUGUGGUUGUCUUGAGCCUCACUGCUUACACCUUCUGGGCUGCAAGGAGGGGCAAGGACUUUAGCUUCCUUGGUCCUUUCCUAUUUGCUUCUCUGAUGAUUUUGCUCGUCUUUGCUUUCAUUCAGAUCUUCUUCCCGCUGGGCAAGCUCUCUCACAUGAUCUAUGGCACGCUGGCGGCACUCAUCUUCAGUGGCUACAUUGUCUAUGACACGGGCAGCAUCAUCAAGCGUUACAAGUAUGACGAGUAUGUCUGGGCUGCCGUCACGCUCUACCUUGACAUCAUCAAUCUGUUCCUGGGCCUGCUGACUCUGUUUAGGGCGUGUGACAACUAG